AUGUCCAUGGAUCCCAUCGUGCAGUUGAGCGGCAAGUACAAGGAGGAGCUGACCACCACCUUCGAUGGCCUUCGUCAACGAUCCACAGCGUCGAUCGCGGCGGCCCAAGAGCAACUGAAACAACAGGCCGAGCAGCUGAAGCAGAGCAGCGAGAAGGCCACCGCGCUGGCUGGCAGUCUUCAGGAUUUGGUGGGUUAUUUUAGGUUUCGGGGGUGGUUUUUUGUUUCUGAAGAAAUGGGAGGUAAAAACUUAUUGUUUUUCAUUUUUUAAAGCUAAACUUGAGUUACUAUUUUAGUUUUUACCAUUUUUUCUUUGUUUACGCUUUGGUUUCAAUUUCGGGAGAAUUAUAUUAACAUAGGCAGAAAAAGUUGUGUACCUCACGCUUUUGAUCAUAACUUUAUUAAAAGUAUAGGUAGAGCUAUGAAAUUUAGAGGUAUUUUAGAAGGGUUGUCUGGCCAUCUUUCAAAAUUAAUUUUGCUUUGAAAUUUUAGUUUUUUCAAAGUUACAGUAAUUUUACCGUAACCCUUUUUUUCUUACUUUUGCCAAAUUUCAUUAGUAAAAUCUAUUUUUUAUAACUAUACGGGAAGAUGUUAGUAUCCAAUUUCGUUUUUUAAUAAAAAAUUAAUUUUGUUACCUAAUUUUAUGUAAUUUUCAGUCGACAGUAGAAAUUCCCACCGCCAAGGUUUUGGAGACCUUUGGAUGGCUGACAGUGACCGAAACGGCAAAGUUUGUCUUCUCAUUCCUUGCAUCGUACAUGUUAUCUCCAUUGCUUGCAAUGUGUUUUGACGGUUUCUCGGCCGGUCUGUUGGCCUACAUCAUCGUUCCGGCGUUCCUGUACCGUCAGCUGUCAGGUACGGAGGGUGAGCCCGACCACCACUUUUAUUUGUUGGCUGGAGCCGCUGGUGAGGGUCUUCUUCUGGGCUACAUUGUGUCGGAACGCUACCUGCCCGCUCCUCAACCAUUGGCCUUCCUCACGCCCAUGUUGAUUGCGGUGGUGACUCAACUUGGUGCUGACAAGUUCCCAUCUCGUGCCGCUUGGUUGGGUGCCACACUUGGAGCUGGAGUCGGAGCCCACAUCUUCUUGGGACUUAUCACUGGAUUCAGCUUUGCCGGCUUCGUGUUGUCGUUGUUGUACGCUGCCUUGGGAUUCGCCACGCUUCAAUUGUUGAUCAAGGAUACGGCCGUAAGUUUUUCGAUAUUUUUUUAGCGUUUUCUUUAGGUUGGCUGCUCCCAUGAUGUUUAGUGUUUAAAUACUUUGUGAAUUUGAAUAUUUUGCUCUUUCAGUCUCCUGCUUGGAAGUACCAGCUUAUGUACACUGUUGGUGCCAUUCUCGCUCACGGUCUGGUCUUUGGUAUCUUUGGAGGAGAAGCGUUCGCUCCAUCGGAGGAAUGA